AUGAACCGUAGAAAACAUAGCAGAACGACCGACGAGGUCGAGAACUCCAAACGGCCGAAAUUCAGUGCAUGCCAGCGCUGCCAUUCACACAAGAUCAAAUGUUCAGGGGGUCAGCCGUGUCUCAAAUGCCGGCAGGUCGGUUGUGCCAAUGAAUGCCAGUACACGCCUCGUGAUCGACAGGUGAAAGUGAGCGAAAGCUUCUUGCAACGCCUGCUGGCCGAGAACCGACGUCUGCGCGAUCAGCCCACGGCGUUGGGGAAUCCGACCGAAGCGGAUCCAGAGGGGGCGGCGCCGGGGCGCGGGCCGUCACGAGCGGCCGAAGCCCCGGAGCUGGAGAGUAAUCCCAACGUGCGCAACCCCCUGAUCGGGGAUCGGGCCUGGUUCCAUCCUUACGAUCCCUCCGCGCCCCCCAUCUUCAUCGGCGAGGCCGCCUGCACGGCGUUUGCGACCCGCUUCCGGCGCUUCCUGACGGGGAGUAACGCCACGGCCCAUAUCCCUCGCACCCAGUACGUCCACGAUGAGAGUAUCAGCGCGGUCACGACCGGCGAGAUUGGCUGGCCGAGUCUGCAGCAGGCGCGGUUGCUGUUGAAGAUCGCCCUGCGGCAGAUAGGAUUUAUCUACCAUCUGGUCAUGCGCAAGUCGACGACGGAAAAGCUCGAGGAGAUCUAUCAGACCGGCGACUUCGAGGCCAAGAUCCACCAAUGCAAGUUUUUCGCCUUGUUUGCCUUCGGGGAGGCGUACUCAAUGCGCAAUGAGCCGUCCUCAGGGUCGCGAGUGCCGGGGACGAAAUAUUUCGCGCGUGCGCUCAGUCUGAUGCAAGUGCUGCCGGAGCGGACGAGUAUCGCACAUUUGGAGACGCUGUUGUUGCUGUCCUUGUUCUCAUACUAUCUGAACCGGCGACAUUCAGCCUACGUGCUGAUCGGCAGCGCGAUGCGAUUGGGGUUGAUGAUCGGGCUGAACCACAACAUCCCCGAAUCGCAGCUGAUCGACCCCGUAGAGCGGCAGCAUCGGGUGCGCAUCUGGUGGACAAUCUACAUAUUCGACCGCAUGUGGGGCUCGAAGAUGGGGGUGCCGUCCCAGAUCCUGGAUGACGACAUUCAUCUGGACAUGCCGUCAACGAUUACACCGGUCGCGUUGCACGAGGAGCAGUUCUCCGACACGGAGUAUCUGAAGGCGAACAUCAGCUUGGCGCGGAUAGUGGGCGAGACGAUCACCAAGCUGUACAGCCGACGCAAGUACAGCGAGACGUUCCUGCAACGGGUGCAGAAGUUGCUGAAGGCAUUGAAGAACUGGGUGGAAACGUUGCCGGAGCAUUUGCGCCUGAGCCAGGAGGAACCGGAGACGAGUCGCACGCCGGUGGGAUCGUUGCAUUUAUCGUUCAACCAGUGCGUAAUCAUUACCACGCGUCCUACUCUGCUGCACAUCCUCAUCAAACUCAGCGAGGCCGAAUCGCGCGAGGAGCGGGAAGAGAUCUCGCAGCCGGUCCUCACGCUGGGCGAGGCAUGCGUCCAUGCCGCCCGCCACUCACACUCGAUCAUCCUCACCCGCUGGAUCAACGGCUCAAUGCCGACGUUCGGCUACUUCCACGCACACUACCUGUUCUCGUCCGCUCUAGUUCUGGCCAUGUCUAGUUUUACUCCCAUGGGCAGCGCUGCCGACAUGGGCUUGUUCGAGACCGGGCUGGAGGUUUUGCGUUCGAUGAGCGAGAACGGGAACCUGGCCGCGUCGGAGUUCUACCAGCACCUCAAGGUGUUGAAUGAGUGUUUGGGUCGGUAUAUGAGUAAUCGACGGGGUCGCAGUCAGCGGGACGCGGCCGCGGCGAUCGGACCGGGCGUGGCGGAUGCUGUCGUGCCCGUGGACGGCAGUGUCGAGGACUUCCUGCCCGUCGAGCUGAGGGAAGCCGGUGGCGGGUUCACGACCGCGAUGGCGUUUAUGGAGCCGACAAUGCAGGACUUCCUGGCGCAGAGCGACUUUGAUUUGGGGAUGUUGCAGGUGGAUACCUAUUUGAAUGAGGGGGCGUAUGGGGGGUAUGAUUGUUCGCUAGCUACCCAAGCACCUUAACCCCUAAACCAAAG